GUAGGUGAAGAGUUAUUCUCAUUGUCUCAUCAGGUGCACAAUUUAAUGCACUACAAUGUUUUAGACAAUGCUAGCUGCUUGAGUCUUAGUGAUGAUUGCCUUACUCUAGCCUUAACACAUCGUCCCUAGCCACUCAUCGGAACAUCAUGUAGAGAACAUCUAAACAGCAAAAACACCAGCAGAUCAAUCUGAUACUGGAUAUCAUCAUAUCAGAGGCAGCUGAUUUGGAGUACCAAAAUGAUGAUCAACAUUUGCCAACCCAAUCUGCUACUGGAGAGUAGGGAGAAGGCUGUUCACCCUUCAAUUUGCUGUUGGACAUUGAAUAGUGAAAACUCCACUAUUCUGUCUUGCGCAGUAUAAUGGAAGACGACAUCCCUGACUGGCUCGACAAAUCAUUUCUGGAGAAGGCGCUUGGAGGAGGAGAAGAAUCAUGUGUGAAAGUGGCCAGCUAUAUUGUCAAAUCUGCACUUACACCUGGAGAAAACUUUGCAAGUUAUCUGUUUAGAGUCCAAGUUCAUUACACAGAAGGGGAUUCAUCUGAGGUACACUUUAAAUCGCUUAUUGUGAAACAGCCGGUUAAAGUAGGAUUAAUUUAUGAAAUAGCAUCCAACACACAAUUUUAUGACAAAGAGGCAGUUUUUUAUGGAGGAUUACUACAAAAGAUGUCAGCAAAAAUGAACUGUCAGUUUGCACCAACAAGUUUUUACAGUCCAAUUGACCAGGUGAUCGUACUGGAGGAUUUGAAGCCUGAGUAUGUUGUGCUCGAUAAAAACAAGCAGUUAGAUUUGGUAUACAGCAAACUGGUGUUCAAAUUUCUAGCUAAAUAUCAUGCUUCAGUUGUUGCUGUGUAUAAUGAUGAUCCUAAAUUGAUCGAAUCAGUUAGUGGAGAAUGUGAGUUUCUAAAAGAUGGACCAAUAAAGAGAUGGGCAGAAUUUGGUACAAAGUUUAUCGGAGAAAGCCUACAAGAAAUGGGAUUUAAAGAAUUAGCAGACUUUAUUUUGGAUAAAACAGAUGGCAUCUGGGAAUCAGCUGUAGAAUGUAUAAAGCCAAGACCUGGACGCUUAAAUGUUCUGGUACAUGGGGAUAUUUGGACCAGCAAUUUGAUGUUCAAAUACAACAACGCCAAUGAAGUAGUUGACAUGAAGCUGUUGGACUUCCAACUAGCGAGAUAUACAACUCCAGUUAUGGACCUCUUUUAUUAUCUAUACACAAGUGCUAAUGAUGACGUUCGUGAUCAUAACCAGCUGGAAUUGUUUGAGAUCUAUGUUAAGACUUUAAACGAGAGCUUGCAGCAAGCCGGCUGUAAAGAGAGGUUCACAAUGGAAGAGUUGAAGGAUCAUAUCAAGCAUGUAGUUCCUUGGUUUUUUGCAGUAUUUGUAUAUGGAAUGUGCCCCAUAUAUGUUCAUGGUAGUGAAGACGGAUUAGACUUGGAAGGAAUAACAGGAAAUGACAUUUCUACAGGGAAAUGUAAUCCUAUCUUUGCAAAAAUGUUUAGUUGUAAGAAAAUCAAGGAGUUGCUCCCAGUCCUUAUGAGACAAUAUGUUUCCAUGUUGAAAAGUUUAUAAGUAAUUUAUACGAGAGUUUAAAUCAAACUUUUAUUUUUUACUGGUAGAGGUAACUAUUUUAAUUGAACAACAAAUAUUGUUUUCAGCUUUAAUGUAAAAACUGAAUACUCGUAUUAUUUAUGUGUUAGUGAUCAAUCAGGUGAAGCACACACAUAAAUAUACACAUAUUAAAUGACAGUAUUUAGUUGUAUUGGUCUGAUGAUGAUAUCCUUGAAAGUAAAAAGCCUCUUUUGGAAAAUUAAAAAUCUUUUUAUGUUCUGCUACAGCUUUAUAAUAUGGUUUGGAUGCUUGAAAUAAUGUUAAUGUGUAUUAAUACAUUUUGUAUGUAUGACUAUUCAUUAAUUAAUAGUAAAAAGAUUAAUUAAUAUAGUGUGAGAGGAAAAAAUUCUUUUUUGUGUUUCAUGAAAGGAAUGUUUAAAUUUUCUGCAGGGUUUAAUAAAUGUUUUCUAUUUUAUGAAACAUUAGUUUAAUCUUACAACCAUGAUUUACAGUUUCCAGUUGAGAUAAUUACAAAUAAAUGUUCAUGGUUUACAUAAGUAUUCAGCCGGUUAAAGUAAUGCUAACAAAGUAAAAUUUAAACUAGAUUACAAUAUACACGUGAACUUAGGAGGAUGUUAAAGUAACUACCUCGGCAGUAACUUGUUUAGUAUUAAUGAAUGAAUUAAAUUAAUAUAAGAAAUAUAUUCUAAUUAAACCAAUAAUAAAUUUCAAUAUAUGAAAGUGAGACUAAUGUUAUUUUGCGCUCUCUGAAGUUAUAAUUUGGGAGUAUUCUAAAUAUAAAAUCCAGAUUUAUAAGAAUCUCUGUAAUCCUUGUUAUUAAUUUAUAGAAUUCUAUUUCAUAAUAAAUCUGUGGUUAUAAUUAGUAUUAUAACUUGUAUUAUCUUCAGUUUGAUAAUUAUUAAUAAUAGUAAGCUGAUGGUUUCACUGAAUGAUGUAUAAGUGGUUAAUAUCUUGAAUUGCAAAUUAAACCUUCUAUACAGCAAAAUAUCAGUAUUUUACUAGCUGAAUUAAAUGUAGCUUAGUAAAACCACAAGUUACGGAUCUUUGAAAGUAUCCCCUUAUUGGAGGAUGGUGUAAUCUUCUGCAUGCCAUGUAUACUGCACUGGAAACAGAUCUUUUUAGAAUGGUUUCAUUUUGAACGAUCACUUGUAAAUUUAACAUAUUAUGUAACAUUUCAGUAAAUUAUAACAGUGCAAAAAUUUUUAAUAAAACCUGUCAUAUUCAAACUAUACCAUAAAUUGUGCACUGAUAAUUUUGUUCAUUUUAAAUUAAACAUAAAAGUGAAUAUUUUGUUAUUCCUGAGAUUGGUGAGAGCAUGAAUUCUGUUAAAAGGUUUAAAAGUAAAACAAGAACAAUAUUCUUGCUCAUAGCUCAGUGGUUUGGAUGGAUUGGAUUAUCUAAUUAUCCUUUAACUUUUAUUAGGUUAUUAUAUAUUGCAUCAGGCUUGUCAAAUGCCACAUGUAUCUCUAUAGCAUAGUAUAAUCUUGCCUUUUAAACAAUCAGUAUUAUUUUUGUCAUUGAGUUUCUAACAAAUUGAAUCUUAAUUUUUCUUUAUUGCCUCUUUUAUUUACUAAAUAAUAUGUUGAAAAUUACAUUCUUCUGAUCUAAGGUAAUUAUGAUUGUACUAAAUGUGUUCAAAUUAGUAUAGUAUUAUUAUGGGUACUUGUUUUGACGGUUAAAUUAAUUGCUAUUAUAAUGUAACUAAAAAAUAGAUUCAGUAGUAUUAGAACAGUUUCUGUAUGAUACUGUGUGUGUUCACUCUAAUAUGCAAAGUACUGAAGAGAAAUUGUGAUGCCAGAGAAAAUCAACUGUAUGAAACUACAGAGAACUUACUGAGGAGCUAUAAGUCCAAAAAGCAACAAUGUCCAUGUAGAAAAAUAAAUAAUAAUGAGACAUUUUUAACAGUAUAAGUUAUACUUUGAGUAAGUUAUGAUGAAAAGGGAUAGUGUCAUAGAAAAACUAACUGCAUGUUUAAAAAUCAGAACCUGAAAUUCUUUUCAAAUUACUCUCAGGUUGGUUCUUGAUAUAUAGCCAAUUUUCAUUAUUAUAUAUGAGUUUUGCCGAAAAAAUGUUAUUCUAAAGUGGGAAUUACAUGGAAAAUUAUUAGGAACAAUCAUUAAUUUUAUAUUAUUAAUAAUAAUAAUAUACCAUCCCACCUGUUGUAUUUUAUUAUUAAAAUUGAGCUCAAUAGGAUAAAAAGUUCUGUUUGCAUGCAACAUGCCUAAAAGUCAUUUAUAAAAAUGUUUGUCUUUGAAACGUUUUACAUCAAACAGAUAAAAUUAAACUUUAAUACAUUUGCUGGGCAUAGAAAAUUAAAGCCAGUUUUCAAUAACAGAAAUUGGAUAGGGAAUAAAAGAGUAGGCUUACCACCAAACUGGAAGAUUACACCUUUAUUUAUUGACACAAAAACAAUUGUGUAAAUCAUAUAUUAAGUAUUUGUUUCAUGCUUUCUGAAUGUUUUCUGUGGUUGAAAAAGUGAUUAGUAAGGAUGAAAUAUUCCACUUGAGUUUCUGCAUAAAGAGGGGGUUCAGUCUUCCAGUGUAGUGAAGGUAAGCUUACUUUUCCUAUCCUAUUUGAUCCCUCUUCUACAGCCCUGAAAUUUUGUACAAUACACAAGAUGAUUUUCUUGGGACUAAUUUUUAAAGAUGUCAGUUUCUGUUAGGAUUUGUAGUUUAUGUUAUCCUAGUAUAUUCCUUUUUUUUUAUAGAUUUAUGUCACAUUAAAUUAUAUGUUAAGUUUAUAUAUCUUUGAAAUACUGGCUGUUAUUGUUAAUACAAAUUUAUUUCUGUAAGACAGAUCAAAAUGUUUUGUUGUUAAUAAUUUACUUUGAUGUGAUAUAUAAUUUGAAAUAAAUUGUGAUAAAAAAAACUUUUUUAUACAUAGUGUUCUAUAACAAAAUAUAGUAAAUAUUUUGGAAGCUCAAUUUAAGUAUGAGAGUUCAUGUAGCAUAUGUAUGUAUACUUCCUUAGUGAGAUUUGGUUGGUAAAAUAUUCACUCUAUUGUUACCCUUCUAGCCAUUGUUUAAGGUAGAGGUACAAAACUGCUUUAUGCACACAGGUGGGAAGCCUGUUGUGUGGGACUCCUCUAAGCUGUGUAAUGGAACCCAUAGGUUACUCACUAAAAAUUACUGUGUGUACCUAUAUAUAUAUAUAUAUAUAUACAUAUGUACAAUGCAACUCAAUGACACAGUGUUGAGAUCAGAAAAGGUCGCUGUGCAUACUAGCUCAGUUUAAUGUCAAGAUAAAUACCCAUAAAUACCCAAUAGCCUGACAGGAUAAAAAUAAGGAUCUUAUAAACGUCUAUAUUAUGUUUUAUUGAGAAUAGUAUAUGUUCAGUCUUACUUUCAUUAAUCAUUAGGUUAUUUACAGAGAAAACCAGAUGUUGGCUUGUUCUAAAGAAUCUGUAAGCUAAGUUCUAACAUUAAAAGUAUUAGUAUUAUAACACAGCAAGGUUUUGUCAUCUUCAUAUAACUUUGAAAAACAAUACAUUUAUACUAAAAUCAUUAAUAAAUACUAAUCAUAAAAAGGGCCCCAAAAUAGAACCUUGGAGUAUUCCUGCAACUACACUUAAAAAUUCUUGGAAGAGUCAUUAACAAAAACCAUAUCUUCUCUGUCUUUCAGAUAACUUUCAAUUAACUGUAAUUCCAAAUUACUUAUUCCAAUAAAUUCCAGAUUUUUUUACAUAUAAUAGAAUGAGUUACAGUGUCAAAAGCCUUGCUCAAAUCUAUCAUUGUAGUCAAGUCACCAGCUUACUUUCAAAACAAUUCAAGACAACCUCAAUAAUUGCUUCAACACCCAUAACAUUGGAAUGAUUUGGUCUAAAACCAAAUUGAUAAGGUAGAUUAAAAAUAAAAUAUUGAAAAAAGUUACCUUAAUAAACACGAUUCUAUUAUUUUACUAAUUAUCGGAACGAUUGUUAUAAGAUGGUAGUUCUCUGGUAAAUUCUUAACUCCUUUCUUAAACAUAGGGGUAACCUUAGAAAACCUUAAACAGCUAGGAAAUUGACUCUUAACUAACAUACAAUUAAUUGUAUAAGUAAGAUGUAGAAUUAUUACAUCUAUAAUAUUUUUUAAAUCAAAGUUGGACAUUACUUAUAAGCUCUCACUACAUGAACAGCUCAGUUUGGAAACAACAGAAAUUACAGUAUCACAAUCAAUUACAUUCCACUUGAAAUUAUGUUCGAUAACAUUAACAGGACGAGGAUAGUUCUGUAAGACAUCAAAAUAUGAUGUUGCUGGCAUAGUCAUUAAUUGUAUUUACACUAUCACUACUACGGUUAACAAAGAAGUUAUUAAAGACAUCAGGUAUUACAGGUACACUAUUACUACAAGGCUUACUCAGAUUACCAUAUUAUUUUUUUAAUUCUCCAUAUUGUUUGACAUUUAUUCUUUGCAUUUGUAACCAUAGUGUUAAUAGCAAUCUUCCUUGCCUUAUUAAUUUCUUGAUUGUAUUGUUUUUUUUUUUUGAAGUUAUUGAAAAUAAUGUCCCUAACAUCUAAGCUUGGUUUACAUCUGGCAUAUAAUAUUAAAAUAUAAGCUCUCAUGCCUGAGUAUACAAAGUUUUAAGUUUACAUUUAGAUUUUACAGAUACACUGAUAAAAGGACAACAAAUAUUAAAAUAAUGACUGAACACAUAAAAAAACAAUGAAAACAACAUCAAUACCUACAUUAUUACAUAUACCUCAAUUAAACCAGUCAACAUUACUAAGGCAAUCUUUUAGUUCCAUGAGGUUACUUUGAUUAAGAUUCCGCUUCUGAUGUAGGCCUACAACAUUUACCUCAACUGGUAUCCUCUUUUAUUAAAAAAACUUGACAGAGAUGAAUCCAGCAAUCAACAGGACAGGUUUGGACACUGUACGGUAGGGGGAACACUCUUGAAAAUGAUUUAUAUGAGGGAACAUUAAUAUUUGUUAAUUCCUGUAUUUUUAACUGGAUGACAACUCUUCAUACAUCCCAAGCAAUGUUUCAACCUGUUUGUAUAUUUUAUAUGAAUUUCUUGUUUAUAUUUCAAAUAUAAGAGUUUGUGGACUAUUUGGAUUUUGUUGUUGAGCACUGUGUAUGAAAACAUUGUAGUUUGUAAUGUUUCUAUUUAGUAUGUUUUAUUAACUAUAAGUUUUGCAAUGAAAUCUAGUUCAGAAAUGCUUCAUAUAUGUAUUAUUACUAUUCAUAAAAUGAUUUAACGCAUACAUAUAUAUAGUUUUAAUAAAAAUAAUAUAUUUUAUUUUAUGUAAAAUAUAAAUAUUUAUAUAUUACAUAAAGGAAAAAGAGAAAUCUAUAAAGAAUAGAAAAUUCCAACACCUAAAGUGGAAUCGCUUACAAAAUAGCCUAAAUAUAUAUAAUCAUUGUUUUAAGUUGCUUGUUUAAUAAAAUUGUACUUGUA